AUGAAUAUAAUAAUAAAUUGUGUAAAUUUUUUUUUAUUAUUAUUCUUUGUAUUAUGUAAAUGUGAUGAGGAGUACAAAGAAUUUUUAACAUCUUCUUCAAAUUUUUUUCAUAAUUUAUUAUUUGAUAUUGGUUAUGGAGUUAGAAAAUGUAUAGAAAAUCAAAAUUUAUAUCCAUAUGAAAGAAUAUUUAUUGAUAAGUCUGAUAAAAAUUAUGUAAAUGAUAUGAUGACAGGAUUUUUUAUAAUUUUUUCAUUAAUUAUGAUAUGUAUUUUUAUCAUAGGUAUAAUUUAUGAUAUUAUUGUUACACCAAUAAGAAUUGUUUUAACUUUUAUGAGAUGGUAUAAAACUAUAGUCAUAGAAGAAAAAAGGCAAAAAGAAAUAAAAAAUAAAAGAAAAAUUAAUAAAGAGAAGGACAAUUUAAAUGAAUUGAAGAAGGAUAAAGUAUUAUAUGGUCCAGAAAAAAAAGAUUAA